AUGGAGUGCACAAAGAGAACAACAUUCUCUGAACAUUUUCUCUCUUAUAGAACAAAAAUUCUAUCUGGUUUCACAUUAGGUCUUGUAGCUUCUCUCGUUUUUCUAACACUUCUCUUUUUCAAUUCCUCUUUCAAAAUCCCCAAACUCCAAGUUUUUCUUCAAGGAUCUCAAUUCAAUCGAAACUAUUCAUCUUCUUCUUCACUCUCUUCAUGGCAUUUUCCGUUUUCAUCAUUCUCUUCAAAUUCAAAUCCCAAUGCUUCGGUCACUCCUCUUCAUACGUUUGAUGAAGAACAACAGAGUUUAGCCCGUGAGGUGAAUGCAACGAACGAGGGGUUGGAGAAAGGGAAAACGAAUUUGGGGAAUUUUACGGGUAAUUUAUUGGAUCGGGGUAGCGUUGAUGAAGUCGGUAACUUUAGUGUUGGGAAAGGGAAUUUUUCUGAGAAUUUGUUGGAUCGGGAUAGGGUUGUUAAAGAUGGAAACUUUUCUGUUGGGAGAAGUGGAAUUGAUGGAAAGGGGAACUCGAGUGUUGCUGUGGCGGUGGAGAAGAGUAUAGAGAGGAUUGAUGAAAAGUGUGAUAUAUUUGAUGGGAAUUGGGUGAGAGAUGAGUCGAAACCUUAUUAUCCUUUGGGUUCUUGUCCGUUUGUGGAUAGGGAUUUUGAUUGUCAUCUUAAUGGGAGGCCUGAUAGUGAUUAUGUCAAGUGGAAAUGGAAGCCUAGUAAGUGCGAUAUUCCAAGUUUGAAUGCAACUGAUUUCCUGGAAAAGUUGCGAGGACAGAGAUUGGUUUUCGUUGGGGAUUCACUGAACAGGAACAUGUGGGAGUCCAUGGUGUGUAUUCUACGUCAAAGUAUCAGUGACAAGAAACGUGUUCACGAAAUUUCAGGAAAAAGGAGAUUUAAGAAGAAGGGUGUCUACUCUUUUAGAUUUGAGGAUUAUAAUUGUUCAGUAGAUUUUGUGAGUUCAACAUUUAUUGUUCGCGAGUCGACUUUCAAAGGCGUAAAUGGGUCUUUUGAGACAUUAAGAUUGGAUUUGAUGGACGAGAAAACUAUCAGGUAUCAUGAUGCUGAGAUCAUAGUCUUUAACACAGGGCAUUGGUGGACACAUGAAAAGACAUCUAAGGGAGAAGACUAUUAUCAAGAAGGCAACCAUGUACACCCGAGACUCAAAGUUCUGGAUGCAUAUAAAAGGGCAUUGACCACGUGGGCUAAAUGGAUUGACAGCAAUGUUGAUGCAAAUCGAACACAUGUUUUCUUCAGAGGAUACUCAGUUACCCAUUUCAGCGGUGGCCAAUGGAAUUCAGGAGGAAAGUGCCACAAAGAAACCGAGCCAAUAUAUAAAGGACAUCAUUUACGGAAAUAUCCCUCGAAAAUGAGGGUUCUAGAUUAUAUCAUCCCAAAGAUGAAAACUCCAGUGAUUUAUAUGAACAUAAGUAGGAUGACAGAUUACAGAAAAGACGCUCAUCCUUCAAUAUACAGAAUGGAAUACAAGACAGAAGCAGAAUGGGCCACCGCCGAGCAACACCAAGAUUGUAGUCAUUGGUGCUUACCAGGAGUACCGGAUACUUGGAACGAAUUACUCUACGCAUCUCUCUUACAAUAUGGUAAAGGCAAUUGGAAAACCUGA